ACUUACCCUCCUUAGGAAAUAUUUACCCCAUGGCUGGCUGUCAGCUUGAUCUUCCGUCUACGUAGCUCUACACAAAUUGUUAUCCGAUAUAAUUUUUAAAUCAGAUAUCGAACAAUAAUGCAAAAUUUUCAAUAGAAAUGCAAGAUAUAUGCGAAAAUAUUCGCACGGCAAUCGAGCACGGCCGUACUGACAUUAUCCGAUCGUUAUUAGACGCAUGUGAAAAUGGAAACACAGGAGAUAGCCUCACCAAGGAGAAGAUUCUGAAUCAACCUCUCAUAGAAGAUGGAACCUUUCUUUUAUAUGCUUCAAAGAUAAAUCAGGUAGACGUUGUGCGAACUCUGUUGAGCUGUGGUGCUGACCCAGCAAUACAAAAUUCUCAGGGCUACAAUGCUGUUGAUGUUGCAUCUUCUGAUGCUAUACGCCGUAUAUAUGUUGAUGAUCUAUUGAGAGCUACUGCGGCAUCUGAGCUUGGGAGGGUUGUACAAUUGCUGGCUGCAGGUAUAAAUAUAAAUUCCUGGGAUUCGGAAGGGAGUAAGAAUACUCCGCUUCAUUGGGCUGCUUGCUAUGGAAAUAAAGACGUAAUCACGUGCUUGAUAGAUAGGGGUGCAGAAGUGAAUUCAGAAAAUGGCUGUGGAGCCACACCUUUACAUGAUGCAGUAAAUCGUGGAGAUCUCACAAUUUGUCAGGUGUUGCUACACGCUGGCGCUAAUCCGCUCACCUGUGCUAUUAAAGGAACAUUUGCCGGAAAGACUCCGUACGAUUUGUCAAUUGGAAAACCACCGUUGCAGUCUUUGUUACAAAAAUAUCUACCGAUUACAGCAUCCAAUGAAAGUGAUGCAAUGCAUAAUACUACUACAUUCAUGGGACAAAACUAUGGCGGUCGCAAAGUUUCAAAGUCAUCAAACUUGAGUCAACUUUCCAUAGAUUCCAAUAAUAAAUCAUUUGACCAAAUAUUUGAAGGGACGAAUCGAGAGACUGGGAGUGAUAGCCCAGUUAAGAGUGUGGGUGAAAAAAGUGGGAUAUAUAAUCUCCUUUGGCCUCAGCCUAAAACUAUCAUAGAACUCAUUGAUUCUACUCCAUUUAUCGCUGGCAAAGAGUUAUUCAUUUCUAUAAUACAAGGAAGUGAAUCAAUACACAAAAUAUUAGAUGUGUGGGAGAUUAGCAGGUCCAUUCUAUUGGAGCUGGGCCAUGAUGUGAAAAUCGGCGAAGUACAGCCAAGAUCUGGAAAAUUAUAUUCCGAUCAACAGAUAGAAUGCUUAGUUAACAAAAACUUGUUUAAUGUCAGUGAUAGCUACCAGCUGUUAAUAUCUCAAAAUGUAAUCAAAGUAACUGCGGGGAGUUUGGCAGGUUUACAUUACGCAGUCUGUACUUUUGUUCAAAUACUAAGAUUGUGUAAAACCCAUAAGAACUCCGAAAUAUGCGAAAUUGAUGCAGUUCUCAUUAAGGAUGAACCGAGAUUUAAACACAGAGGUGUAUUAUUGGACAUCUCACCAAGAGGCAGAAUACCUAAUCUGGAAUACUUACUACAUAUGAUCGAUCUAUGGUCCGCUUUCAAGGUAUCACACUUGCAUCUGUAUUCUAGAUUAGCACCGAGCUGUGACUGGCAGCUAUGUUAUACCAGAUCAGAAAUGGUCACACUGGAUCGAUACUGCAGAGAUCGACAUCUGGAAUUAGUGCCUGCCAUAGAUGUUGACUCGAACGUAAGUCAAAGACACCUGCCUCAAAUGUGGCCAAUCUUUCAGGAAUUACUUGCGACCUUUCCAAGUUUAAGUUAUGUCCAUGUUGGCCCUAGAUUGGCUAGUUUAUUGGUUCAAUUGGAAAAUUUAGAUUCGAGUUUAUCAGCAAAUGAAACUGUGGAAACGGAUAUGUCUGAAGUGUUUAAAUCCUACUCCUGUCUGCAAGAACUCUGGCAUAUUUUGAAUCUAAAUUCUGAUGCAACGUUAUUACUAUGUUCAAAUGGACUACAUUCUAAACCUGAAUUACGUAACGUUCCGAGCAACGUUAUCUUAGUGGAAUAUGGCUUCCAGGCAGACUAUGAUUUUUCCGAGUGGACAGAGGUUUUUCGAAAUGCUGGUGGCAAUGUUCUACCGAGUUCUGGGACUGCAAGUUAUAACAGCUUAGCAGGAUGCCCUGCAUCAACGUACGCCAACACGAGAAAUGCACUGAAAACCGCACUGCAACAGAAUUCAAUUGGCAUUAUUGUAGCUCAUUGGUCUGGUAGUCAUCAUUUGACUCCCCACCCUUUUGCUUGGGUAGGAUUCUUGAUCGGAGCUGGCUUUGCAUGGAAUCCUUCCAGUGACUUUGAUUCGUUACAUUUUGAGAACUGUGAUACUCCUGAAGUCGCCAAUACCUCCAGACAAGUGACACUGGCAAAGUUACUUGACAUUCACGUCUUCUGGGAUUCAGAAGGAAAAGUUGGUAACGCUGUUCUGGAGUUGGGGCGUGUAGAUACGUUGGUGCUGACUCUCAGCAAGAAUCAGGCAGCAAUGGAUUUGAAGCAAAUACCAGACAAUCGUGGGUCCACACUUUAUCGACUAUUAACUGACCCAGAUAAUGUCACUCUCGACAAUCUUUCGGCAGAUUUGUUUGUGAAAGUCACCAAGCAAAUCAAACGAAUCGCGCAUUCCUUGUAUGAAGUGAAUCUGACAUCGAAAUUUGCAUCUAUGGAAAUUCAAGAACUCCAAUUAACUGCUGACUUGAUGCUGACUGCUUGUCGCAUUGGGAGAACUCUUAUUGGUGUCGGUGUUAACCCAAACAGUAAUAUGGGACUUGCUGUAAUUAAUCUUGGAGUCUGUAAUUUGCCUCCUACCUUUAGGACUGAUAUAGCAAACAAACUUUUAGCACACAUUGAGCAAUAUAAGGGUGCCUGGUUACAAAGGCACUUACCUCAAGGGCUUCAGAGUUCUUUGCUAGUAUUAACAGCCUCAUUACAUAGAUUUGUACCAGAAUCGUAAACUGAUAUUAUUCUGGUCUACUGAUGGAUAAGUGAGAGAGCAGUACUGGAUACAAUGAUUGAAUUAAGCUUGGACUUAUAUACUAGUGAUUAAUACGUACACUAAACAUCAAAAUCGCGAUUAAAAAUUUCCAUGAAUAACAAUGUUCUCUAACUAUUUGAACAUGUCAUUGACUCUGUUCUAAUGAUUCAAAUUUCAUAAUCUCUUUUGUUUGCUGAAGCCAUGUGUUAUGAUUCUAGUACGAAGCAUUCUGAUCAAAUUUUUAAGGAGUAGAUGGUUACGAUUUUUAACAUUCCUAUAUUAAAGUUCAAAGUAUACUAGACCUUGACAUCAUUUUAGUAAUCUUCAGUUAAUUAUUAUAACUCCUCAAGUGACAAAUAACAAGGGACUAUGAUACUUUGUCUGCCGUUUUCACUAGUAUUCAGCAUUUCUCAAAGUAUUAUUCAUGGUAAUAGCUAAUGAUGAUAAAUGAUCAAUCCAAUACUUCCUAAACUGAGUAUGUAUUUGAAAUGAAGAUAUGAGAGAUAAUAAAACUUUUUCAAUACAA